AUGCAGGCCGGCCAGGCCAUCCUGGGAGCUGAAGACCUGAAAGAAAGGCUUCUCCAGACUUUCUUGAGUCUGAGGGCUAAUGAAGAUGCCCACAGAGAGGCCGAGAUCCCCCCCGGAUUCCAGCGCAGCUUCUCGGCCUGCCCCCUUACCCUCUCAGCUUCUCGCAGGGAAGGGUCUGAACGCCCCUCGGAGGAGGCCCUCACCCUGCACGCCGUCUCUGACCGGAACAGCCUGGCGUGGCCCCUCCAGGCCCAGUGGAGUCGGGAUCCUGAGGAGCCACCCAGCGCCAGCUCGCCACAAGCACAAGCCCUCUUCCGCCUGGACCGCUCCCUGAGCGCUCUCGAGGGCGGCCGCCAAGGGGAGGCCAGAGCAGUGUCGUCCCGGUACAAGACCGAGCUGUGCCGCACCUUUGAAGAGAGCGGCACCUGCAAGUACGGCGCCAAGUGCCAGUUUGCGCACGGCAGCGAGGAGCUGCGGGGGCUCAGCCGGCAUCCCAAGUACAAGACCGAGCCCUGCCGCACCUUCCACACCUCCGGCUUCUGCCCCUACGGGGCUCGCUGCCACUUCAUCCACAACGACGAGGAGCGCCGCCCGCUGCCCAGGAGCGCCCAGCGUGCCAGCCACAGCCUCGGCUCCGGGGGCUUUGCUGCGGGACCCCUGGCUGCAGCGUCCCCCCCUCCACCGGCCCCUUCAAGCCCCCGUCUACUCCAAAUCUUCUUUCCCGGAGAUGUCCUGAACUCCCAGGCAACCCCCGGUGGCUCCCUCAGCACCCCUAGAUCCAGCCGAAGGCCUCUGGUGACACCUGGCCCUUUUGCUUUCCCCAGCCUCUCGGCGCUUCAGAAGAGCUGCUCUGCUGAUUCCCUCUCCGACCAAGAAGAUUCUGGAAGCUCGGUAGGAAGCAGCGGCUCCGAAUCCCCCGGCGUAGGGCCCCCGGGACGCAGGCUCCCCAUCUUCAGCCAGCUCUCCGUCUCCGAUGACUGACGGGGCUCCUGGAGGCGGUUGGGGAGAGGG